AUGCAAAUCUUUGUGAAAGAAUCAUUGACUGGAAAAACUUUCAGCCUUGAGGUGGAGAGUUGUGAUACCAUAGACAACGUGAAAGCUAAGAUCCAAGAUAAAGAAGGGAUUCCACCCUAUCAGCAAAAGUUUAUCAUGUUUGGUGGAAAAAAAUUGGAAGAUAGAAGUAGCCUUGCUGAUUACUACAUCAAAAAGGAAUCCAUUCUAUACCUUGUACUCCGAGAUGUAAUACAAAUAUUUUUCAAGAAUUUAAGAAAAACCAUCGCUUUAGAAGUUGAGAGUUCAGAUAGAAUUGAUAAUGUGAAAGCUCAGAUUCAGGAUAAGGAGGGUAUUCCACGCCAUCAACAAAGGCUUGUCUUUGCUGGAAGAGAAUUGGAAGAUAGGCGCACCCUUGCUGAUUACGACAUCAAAAAGGAUUCGAAUCUACAGCUUCUACUCCCAUUGAUAUAUGGAAUGCAGAUCUUUGUCAAGACUUUAAGAAAAACCAUCACUUUGGAGGUUGAGAAUUUAGAUAGAAUUGAUAAUGUGAAGGCUAAGAUUCAGGAUAAGGAGGGUAUUCCAAGCUAUCAACAAAGGCUUAUGUUUGCAGGGAAAGAGGUUGAAGAUGGUAGGACUCUAGCUGAUUAUUACAUCCAUAAGAAAUCCACUCUCCAUCUGGUUUUGAGAUCAUUUGAAGAUGGUAUGCAAAUUGUCGUGAACAACUAUACUAACAAGAGCAGCAUAUUUUUGGAGGUAAAAAGUUGUGAUAGAAUUGAGAAUGUGAAGGCGAAAAUAGAGGAUAAAGAGGGAUUUCCCGCCGCCAAACAGAGGCUAGUUUUCCAUGGGAAGGGAUUGGAGGAUGGUCGUACUCUGGGUGAUUAUAAUAUCCAGAAGGAUAACCCUUACUGGGAAAAUUUAUGUCCGGGGUUGAAAGCUCUCACACUAUGGUUAAAUUGCUGA